CAGCCCGGGACCAAGGUUUAUCCGAAAAUGGAUCCGAAAUUCGGGUUGAAUUCGAAUUCGGGAUCGGGUUCAGGGCCGGGGUAUGGGAGUGCUAAGGUGAUGAGGGAGUGUGGGAAUUCGGUGAGGCCUGGAUUGGGGAAGAGGGAGAGGGAGGGGAGAGAGAGGGAGAGAGACCCUGUGGCCGAGAUGGUUUCGGCGAUCAAGGUUUUGGGAGAUGGGUUUGUGAGGAUGGAACAGAUGAAGAUGGAGAUGGCGAGGGAGAUCGAGACGAUGCGGAUGGAGAUGGAGAUGAAGCGGACCGAGAUGAUUUUGGACUCGCAGCAGAGGAUUGUGGAGGCUUUUGCCAAGGCAGUUUCGGAGAAGAAGAAGAAGGCCAAACGAAUGCCCUCUCCGGAGGCAUAGCUGGGCUUGCAGUGGUUGAGUUUUCGCAAAUUCUGAAGGACGAAUGAUCUUCCUGUUCAUAGCAGCCAAAUGCGUUUGCAUCUUAGGGACUAAGAUUGUGAGUUUAUUAGUUGUAAGUUCUGUGUUUAACUUUCGCUUUCGAGCCACUUUUUACAAUUAUUUUCCUUUUAAGUGAUGAGGAGAAUGUGAAACUUGAUCACUUUAGCUUGGUUCUGGUCCUUUGUAGCGAUUGUAGCUUAAUCUUUGUAGUUUGUAGUUCGUGUAGUGGAGGAAAACUAUGUAGAAUAGUUGUUGUCUCUCUGUUUAUCUCUUGGUUUAAUGCAUAGAAACUCUAGCUGUUAAAAUCUUACUCUUUUCUUUU